AUGGAAAAGACCUUCCAAGACCCCGCUGCCUCGACUCAGUUCCAAAACGACGCCGAGCGUCAACAAGAGAACGCCAAACGUGCCGACCAGGGUCAGCCACAGAUCCCCGGUGUUGCCGAUCGUGAGACUGUUGCUAGCAAGGAUCCCAAGGAGUUCGACACUCGAGGCGGUCCCGGUUCCGAGGGCAACAAACCUAUCCAAGAUCCCGUCUUGUAA